AUGAAGAUGAUGUAUUUCUCGAUGGCUUAUAGGACAGUGUGUGGAUGCUUGCUUGGUUUGUUGUGUGUUGGGGUGAUAUUUGUUGCAAGUGGCACUUGGGCAAAAUGCUCUGACCAGACAUUCACCUCAACAUGCAUUUGUUUGGAUGACAUCAAGUGUGUCGCUAGUUUCGAUGUCUUUGAACCCACAGUAUGCAAGUGCCAUGAUUUGGGAGAUGUGUCCUUGGAGGGACUUGUUGAGGUUUUAAGAGAGACAAGUGGUGUGGUAGAUGCUCUGCAUAUUUCAGGUCAUGAGCUGGCUUCCCUUGAACCUUUGGCUGGACUCUUGAAGGAAGUGCAGCAUAGCAUUGUCAUCCUCAACACUACCCUGCAAUCAUUAAAACCGCUCGCUGGACUAAAAACCAUUGGAAAGAAUUUGUCGAUGGUUGAGAACAAAUUCCUGAGAAAUGUAGAUGGCCUGGGCAACAUCGCCCAA